AUGGCAUUCACACAAAUUGGAUGUUCUUCAUUGUAUAACACUGGACGAAAUGCUUCACCGACGACAACAAUCUCAUUAAAUAAUGAUGUGUCGUCUCAUAUUGGUGAUGGAUUUUUAACACAUGAUUAUCCUAUCAAACCGAAUUCUUGGGAAUGUGUCAGUGAACAAUCUCAACCACAAGAAUUAUCAACCAACUCAUUUACUUCCUUGAAUCGAAAACACUAUCACCAAUUAGAAUAUUCUGGACGAACUUAUCUACAUGAUUUAAAUCCAUCUGACUUACUACUACAACAACAAAAUUCAAAUAGAGAAGAUUUCAAAAUGAAAGGAAAAUCGAUUCUCAAUAAUUUACAAGCAUUAUCUUCAGAAAUCUUAAUGAAUGGUUUCAAUUAUGCGACGUCAAAGACUUCAUCAGAUCCACAUACCCACCAACAGCAACACCAUCAAUAUUCGAAUCGUUUCCAUCAUCCUUUAAACGAUCAAAAAUCCAGUGAUCAUCUCUACCAUCCACAAUAUCAAUCUGAUCAGGCGACACCAUCAUCAUUAUCGAUCAACCUUCAAGAAUCAUCCAUGUAUUUUAAACAACAACAACCCCCACCACAGAAAAAUAGUAAUCAUGAUUUAGAAAUGACCAGUUCGUCGAAUUAUUCUGACCAAGACGUAACAGAAAAUCGAUUACUGACAUCCGUUUCUUCAACAGAAGCAGUACAUACUGGAGAAAAUCAUGAAGUCAAACCAAAUCAGCAGUAUAGUAAUAUAAGUGCUGAUUUACAAUUGAUGCAUAAAGCUGAAAAUGAUUUGACAGAAUGUGCAAAUUACACACCAAAUUUAAAUAAGUUAUUUUCAUCGAAAGUAUUAUUCAAUCAUACACAACAACAACAACAACAACAUACUACUGAUAAUGACUUAAUGAGUAGUAGUAGUAAUAGUAGUGGCAUUAAUACAAUGAGUACGACAAAUGAUCAUUUAUAUGCUGAUAAAAAACAUCAUGAUUUAAAUAUGGUUGUACCAACAACAAUUUCCUUAUUCCCAACGAAUACUACUUAUACUACUGGUACAACAUGUAGUAGUAGUAGUAGUAAUAAUAGUAGUAUGAAUGAGAUUCACAAAAAUCAUACAACUGAAACAAUUAUGAGGAAUUAUGAAAAAUUUCAACCGAAUGAUUAUAAAUUAUUAUUUGAAAAGAAUUUAUCCAAAAUAAACGAACAUCUGCCUCCAAAAUUUUCGAUUGAUACAAAACAUUGCUCGUCAACAUUGUCUACAAUAUGUUCACCGACAAAUGGUUUACGAAUCAAUGAGAUGAUCAAUCCAAACGUAACAAUAAUGUCAACAGCAACAUCAACAACGAAUUCCACAUAUCAUGGUACUACAACAAUUUCAAAUCAAUCGACUAAAUUCCAUACUUAUUCAUCACAAGAAUACAACAAGAAUGCAAUUAUGCAUUUGAAACAAUCCACCUAUCCAUUUCCUUUUCAUCCAGAGAAUAAUUGUAAUAAAUUUAGUAAUAAUAAUCAUAAUGUUAAUAAUAAUAAUAAUAAUCAUUUGUAUUCAUCCCCUGUAAACUUACCACCUCCUCCUCAUCAUCAUCAACAUUUGUCAAGAUCUGUUCAACAUUCAAUGAAUGCGCAUUUAAAUCAAUCAGUUUAUUUAAACAACAAUGGGCAUUUAAGAAAUUUCAAUCAGUUGAAUGGUCCUGGCAAUGGACAUUCAAAUCAUCAUGGAUUUACUUAUAGUCUUGAUGGUACACGACGUAAAAAUGCAACACGUGAAAGUACAACUACAUUAAAAGUUUGGUUACAAGAACAUAUGAAAAAUCCUUAUCCUACAAAAGGUGAAAAAAUUAUGCUUGCUAUUAUUACUAAAAUGACAUUAACCCAAGUUUCUACAUGGUUUGCAAAUGCUAGAAGACGAUUAAAAAAAGAAAAUAAAAUGAGUUGGCCAUCAAAAUCCAUUGGAAGUAUUCAUAGUAAUAGUAGUAAUAGUAAUAGUAAUAAUAAUGGUAUAGAACAAAAAAGUUCAACUCAUUUAAAUUCUACACCAAAUUCAAUGAUCAAUCAUCAUCUACAUCCUACUACUACUACUAUUAAAGAUUCAAAUCAUUUACUCGAUGACGAUGAAACAAUGUUAGACGAUGAACAAACGAUGAAAGAUGAAGAUGAUGCCGAUGCUGAUGAUGAUGAUGAUGAUGACAUUGAAGAUCAAGAUGGUGAUCAUGUUGAUGAUGAUGAUGAUGAUGAUGUUGAACAAAAUGAUAAUGGUGAAUACAUUCAUGAAAAUUAUGACGAUCCAGUAGAUACUGAUGAGAUUGUAUCGAAUAAAUAUGCUUAUCAACACACGUAUUUAAAUUCAUUUCAUCAACCAAUGCCAUCAUUCUUACCACAACAUACAAUACAAGAUUCUUUCAGAUGUUGUGAACCAACUAAACAUCCUAACAAUAAUAUCAAUCUCUUUUCAAAUGGUAGACAUUUAGAAACUGUAGAAAAUUCAUUGUUUCAAUAUGAUUCCAUUGUUUACCAACAAACAUUUCCACAUUAUACCAAUAAUUUAUCAAAUCUACAUUUUCAUAAUGAUAACAAUCAAAAUGGAAUUUGUCAUUCAUUGCAUCAAAAUCAUGAAUAUUUUUUAAAUAAAACUGAUUAUCUACUUGCUAAUAAUAAUAAUAAUACUUCAAGUACUAUCACUACUACUGAUACUACUGUUAAUAGUAGUAGUAGUAGUAGUAGUAGUAGUAGUACUAGUGCUAGUAAUAAUAAUGAAUCUAAUAUACACUGUAAAUUACAGUCACAAUCAAAAUCAGUUUAUCCUACCCAGCCAACGUGUUCCAAUAUUUCUUCGGAUCAUCAUUCUAUGAAAUAUCACCAUAAUCCGACGAAUCUAUCUGUCUCCGCCUAUUUACCUACAUUAAUGGAUCCAUCGGCUUCCUGUGUAUCGUCCGCUUCCGCCUCCACCUCAUCGUCAUCAUCCUCAUCUUCAUCAUCAUCAUCAUCAUCUAGUUCAUCGUCCAUACCAAUCAACAAUACUUCAGUGGAUUAUCAACAGUCGAAUUACUUACCGCCGUCGUCAUCAUCAGCAACAUCGUCCACUGUAUUUAUUCAGGAUGAUCAACUAGCUUCACUGCGACAAUCUAUGGACCAAUCAAAUUAUUCCAUGUUAAAGCAUAAUAAUAAUAAUAAACCACCGCCAUUACUGAUGAACACAGAGAUUAUGUUGAAUGCUAAAUGUCUUUUUUAA